AUAUUGAAGGCGUUUCCCCAAGAACGAAUCUAGGGCUACCUAUUUCACCUAAGGAAAAAAAAAAUGUCGUCGGUAAGUUCGAACAACAUUGCCGAUCUCGAGAAGUUGAUGGAAUCAUAUAUUUCUCGCAUGGCCAACAAUAUCGGGCCGUCGCCCAUGCAAGCCAUACAAAACCACCCUUACCCGAAUGAAAUCCAACAACACAACGAAAUCGAGCAGAAGGUGGUUCUAGAGUUUCGUAAAAUGGCCUACCUCAUGGCGUACCUCCUUAGGGCAUACUCACAAGAAACAGCUCUCACUCUCCCCGAAGCGAGAGCUAAAGUAGAGAUGUUGAGGGCCCACGAGCAAAUCUUGCCCGAUUUUCCCGUCUUACUACAACAACAAGCCAAGGUCUCACUACAACAAGCCAUUGCUUCCAGUGAGUUCUCCCUACAACAUAACCUCUACUCCAUCCAAAUAGCCGAUGCUUACGUCGACCAAAUCUCCGCUUACGCUCAAGAAAAUAACGAUCUCGCUUCAAUGGAAUGGUACGCGAAGCAUGCGGGUAUGUAUUUGCCUAGGCCUUUAGCCAUGUUAAAUACACUGUUUAGCGUGCGAAUGAAAAUCGAGGACUUGCCAUUGGAGAUGAAUGAGAGGGUGGUGAGGUUGCAGGAGAUGGGGUUCCAUGUUACGCGUAAAGUAGACAAUUGGGCCCCCGGCGGCAACGUUCUUCAGUUGGAGCCAGCCGUGGAUGAUGAGUCGCCAAUGUAUGAAUACUUGUAUAUCGACGAUGAACAGCCAUCACUAGAUUGGGUCCCUAACGGCAUUAUGGAAAUAAGGACGGCGUCACGACUUAUUUAAAUCAUGUUAGUUUAUUCCUUAGUUCGAACAUUAUCACAGACUUAUUUAAAUUUUAAACCAUGUUAGUUUAUUCCUUAGUUCGAACAUAGAUUUUGUUUCACGUCGUUCUAGACUUCUAGUAAAGAUAUUUAUCUAAUGCAAUUUCCGAUAUUAAUUUUUC